AAUAUUAAGCACGGGAUAUAGUGAGCCAUAUCUUAUAGAAUUGGAAAUGAGUCAAUCAUCCGUGUCUACUCUAUUAGAAAAAGUAAAUCAGAAUGGAAAAACAACAUUGCAACGUUUAGAAGUUUUUAUUAAGACCGUAAGAUUUCCGUUAAAAGCUAAGAUUGCCGAAAGAGUCGAAACACCAUUAGAUAUUGAGAGUAUUACGUAUAAUGAUUUUAAUUUAGUGAAACACAUUAUGGAUGGAAAGAAAUACCAAGUUCAAAAGGCUUUGUGGAAUAAUGAAGGCGAUAAGAUAUUUGUUAUUUUAAAACUUGAGGAAAAAUCGGAUGAAACAGAACAUCGAGAAAUUAUUGGAGAGCUUCAUGUUUAUCAUUCAGUUAAUGCGAAAAAUACCCAUGAAGAUAUCAUAAAAUUUUAUGGUUCAAGCAGCUUUUUUUUAAAGAUAAAUACAUCUAUCCAAUUAUACUUAUUUGAAUAUGUUUACACUAUAGUGCCUGAUGGAUCUCCCGUAAUAGUUCUAGAAUGCAUUGAAAAUCAGGACCAACAUAAUAACUUAUAUGAAGACCUUAGUGAAGAAAUAAUGAUCACGGGAAUUAUGCUAAGAGAACAACAAAAAUACUGUGAUGAUCAUCCCCAUGAUCCAUCUGCUGUAUCGGAUAAUUCGAGCAUGGAAAAAUUAUUUCCCUAUUGA